AGGGGGCGGUCACGAGGAGCCGGUGACGCGCGUGCUUGCGGAAGCACAGAGUGGAAUGUCGAUACAUUGUUGUUGUUUUCGUGGCUGCCUGACUUAGUUCACGGUUACCGCUUGGGCUCGACGGCGGGACGCGCAUCCCAACAAGUGCGACGAGGAGCCGCUGACUGUUCAAGGCUACUGUCAGGAUAUUGCUCUCCAGGCUCGCGCGACAAAUUCCGCGUCCACAAGACUUUCAGGGUAUGACGACUCAUUUUAAACCAAGCAAAGCAGUAAAGCUGUGAAUUGUUCUGCUACUCCUGAUGCAGGUGAAGAAGGAGGCGGGCGAGAAUGCGCCGGCGCUGAGUGAUGACGAGCUGGUGGCCAUGUCGGUGCGCGAGCUGAACCAGCACCUGCGCGGCCUCACCAAGGAGGACGUGGCGCGGCUGAAGCAGCGGCGGCGCACGCUGAAGAACCGUGGCUAUGCCGCGAGCUGCCGCAUCAAACGCGUUACACAGAAGGAGGAGCUCGAGCGCCAGAAAUCACUGCUGCAGCAAGAGGUGGAGAAGCUCGCUCGUGAGAACGCCAGCAUGCGCCUGGAGCUGGAUGCGCUGCGUGCCAAAUACGAGGCGCUGCAGUGCUUCGCCCGUACCGUGGCAUGCGGCCCGCUCACACCUGCCAAGGUGGCGACCACGUCCGUCAUCACCAUUGUCAAGUCAGCCAAUCAUAGCACCUCGUCUCCGCCGUGCUCCGCUCCGUCAUAGAGCGAGGGAAGGACCGAGGAAUUCUUCCGUCUGGACCAAACUGGUUCCAAACCUUCCCAGCCUAAUUCUCUACUGAGAAGACACUCAGUAAUCAGACUGACGGGGUGGGAUUGGGGAGGCAGACCGCCAUUUUACCAUAACUUCUCUUUCUAUAUCUUUUUCUUUUCAUUUUCUUCGUUUCUCCCGCACACACACGCGUACACAAACAAAACCGUCUACGUCGUCUGUGCACUGUGCUCUAAAGCUCCGGCACCGGCAGGGCACGCUGACCUUCUCACCCUUUUCUCCGACCCAGACUGAGACUUAGCAGAUACGAGACUUGCAGUCGUGGAGAUUCAGUACUUGAUCGAAGCUGCCAUGGCAGUCUGUGAAUGCGCUGAUGCCUGUGGUAUCUUACAUUUUCCAUCAGAAAGUGAUCAAUGUAGAACAGUAUUUGCAGUAUAUUCUUCUUACUGUGCUUGUUUUUGAAGAAGUUUGAUGUGUAAAAAACAAACAAACAAAAAAACAAACAAAAAAUGUUGCGUAUACAUGCAACAGUUGACGUACAGUAUAUUUGUCUUGAGCUGUUGUUAGCCGUAUACGGAUUAUACCCGAUUAUACCUGCGCAUAUAGGAUUUCAGGACUAAAAUUAAGGUUCAAAUCUGCUGCGUGCCUAAUGGGUAUGAGAAACUGGUGGUAGACCGGCAAAGUCUUAAAGCCAUGUGAUUUUAGUUUUAAAAUGGUGGUUUUCUUUAUACGUUCUUACAACCGAGACAAUGAGGAAACACAUGGAACAAGCUGUAGAAGAAAACAAAACAAAACAGCGAGUGAUUCUUACUCAGCAACUAAAGAAAAUUUGAAUAGCACUUAGACUUUUACUGUUAAAUAUUAUACAGUUUAAUAUUAUAAAAGCUCUCGCUAAUUAGAAGUACACAAGACUAUUCAAGAAAUCAUAGGAUUUUUUAUUUACAUUUUUAAGAGGCACUUGUCAGUUACAUUGACUACUAUUAUAAGAAGCCUAGUAUAAGAAUACCCCAUUAACUUCUAGCACAUUUGCCUCAACCCUCCGGGAUUGGGGGUUCGAAUCCCACCUCCACCCUCGGAGCUUGGAUGCUCUCCCCGUGCUUCGAGGGUUUCCGCCGGGUUCUCCGCUUUCCUCCAUGAGGCUGAUUGGCAUUUCCAAAUUGUCCGUAGUGUGUGAACGUACGUGCGAUUGUGCUCUGCAAUGGGUUGACCCACCCCCUCCAGGUUUCCCCCCUCCAACCCCGCCUUCCCUGCGAUCGACUCCCAGCUCCCCUGCGAACCCGUGUCGGAUGAGCGGUAUGAAAAAUUAAUGAAAUGGAUAGAUAUUCACCUACUUUCGAGUAUGUUUUUCCUUUUCUUUUUUUUUCCUCCUCGUCAGCGCCAUAACGAAUGGAAGGUAAUCCAUAUUGGAUAUAGAGACGUGAGCUGUCUUGGCAGAAGUAACGCAAGUCCAUUAUUACCUGUAUAUUACAGAUUCGCUAUCGCCUCACGAACGAAAAAAAAAACCCCACCACACAAGAACAACGAGCGAACCCGAAGAUCUUGACAACUUCAAUUCCGCAUCGAGAAUUCCGUCCGUUCAGAAAGCAUUCCUACUGCUAGGUCACAAGAGGUGGCACUGCCGGUGUUGGGAACCCCGAUGAAACGUUUUAUGAAUCGUAAAUAAUUCGAGACAGACUCUUGGGUAAAGACGAUCCUGGUGUUUAUGACGUGACUCGACGUGCAGCGUCCUUUCCGGAGCAUGUGUCAGAAUUAGGUUAACAUGACGCCUACAGUACGUGGAAGCGCUCGUUCUGUCGAUUGAUUUCUUACAGAAAUGACCAGUUGUGAGUUACACGUGCAAUCAGGAUUCUCUCUUACCCAAGCGACUAUGACUGUUCCUUCUUCCCUCAGGGGGAAAAUAAACCGUGCUGCUGUGUAGGCCGCUGCUAGCCCUGGCUCUGCGGCCUGCUGCUGUGCUUUUUGUGCAUACUUAUUAUUUUGUACCUUUUCUCUAUGUUUUAUACGUCCUUUUCAUAUUCAAACGCUAUUUAGGUUUGUUAUUUUCUGCUGAUCGUCUUUGUAUUUUAUACGGUUUUCGGGCAAGACCUGCAUAUCUUGGGAGAAGGAUGAAGUUCAGAGAUUUACACAUUUAUACUUAUUCCCCCCCCCUUCUCUAAUGUGUUUGACAAUAGCUUACAAUCUGCUUACAAAACCCUCCUUGCACAUGUCUAAUCAGUGAACAUAUCAGUGUUUAUGGUGAUCCAGUGCUCUUGCUUCUCAGAUGCUGUUGUAGGUUUAUGCAAGUCACAUUAUCGUCUGUAAACAGGUGCAGGUCUAAAUUCCGUUUUUUUUUUUCUCUUCUAGGCUUUGUUGAGACUUACCAUGCAGUUCUAAAUAAAUGUCAGAGUUCAAUAGACAUUUUCAACCCCCACACCUUUACUUUUGGAUCAUAAAUGCAUAAUGGAAAAAAAAAAGAAAGAAACAAAAGUCCAGAAAUUCCCCAGCCCCAUGCUUACUACCCCCCCCCCCUCCUAUUCCAUAGAAGGACUUAAUUUUCCCCGUUCACUCUUUAUCAGUUCCUCUUUAUGAAUUCCAGUUCAAUUUGAUCUUUUCCAUGUAAAAAAAAAAAAAAAAAAAAAAAAAAACCCAAAACAAAACCAUCCCUUGUUUGUGACUUGUACUGACCUCUAGUGGUGAGCUCUCAAAAUGCUGUGAACAAAUGCUGGUGAAUCCGGUGAAGACACUGCAUAUCUUCUUGGACGAACGUGGCUUUGUUACUUUUCUGGACCAAGAAAUAGAAUUUAUGUAUUUUUGUUUGUCAGAACAUUAAACACAUCAAGGUUGCUCAUAAGGCUAAGGAUAUUCUAAUUAGGCCAUAUUACAGAAGGAACAAGGGGACAGGAAAUCCUCCAACAUGGUCGCCAGUGUUCAGUUGGCCAGUUUGGAUAGAGCGUGUAAUUUAUUGUUGGAGAAAAGACAUUAACCUCCAGUGAACUCCACUGACGGCUUAAUUAUGUGCGAACUCUUCUGUACCAGAUUCUCUUCUCCAUACAGCCCCCUUUUUCAUUUCUCUCAUCUCUUCGCAUACCUGGAGAUGCUGUUCUCACUAAGUGGGUACUUUUUUUUUUGGUCUUCAUAUACUAUGUAUGCUGUAUGUGGCCUUUUUUUCUGGCUGAACAAGUUAAAUUAUUCUAUAUUUUACAUAUGACUAUAUCUAUUUUUUUUUAAAAAGUAUAUAUUGUAUACACGCUCAGCCAGUUCUUAAAGCUAUUUACCAUGAACGCACAUACAACUUUAACCAUUGCUCUUGAACACACUUGCCUAGAACCCCAGAGGAAAAACUCCAUUAGGUAUGGUAUGCUGCUCCAAAUGAUCACCCUGUGCAGUAGCUGUCCACGUUAAGGUCGAAUGAAAAGGUAACAGAGGAAGAAGUUGAUGUUAGAGAACAGCAGUGCCUACAAGGAGCUUGAGCUUGAUACCGCUUUACGUACUGUAGGAAAGGAGAACGUAGCGGGACGUUUAAACGGCCAACCGCAGACUAAAGGUGUGGAAAGUUUUUAAACGAGGCGUAAAUCCAUACAGUGAUUUGUAAAUACAGACAUGAAAGGCAGCAAACCUCGGCUUAGAUUAAAUCGUAUCGUAUGACUUGCGCCAUUACAGAAAUCUGUGUAUAUCUAUUACACUUGAAAGUUGAUAUUUAUUUUUGAUUUGUGUAUUUUUUUUUUCCAAACCUCCUAAAUUAUUGUAUUUACAUUCAUUUAUUUACUUUCUGUCAAUGAACUACCCUCAUGUACAAAUAAACUCAUGCUUUUUUUUUUCCA